UGUGGAACAGGGGACUCACUGGAAACCACUACCAGCCCUGAACAACAAAAUACCGGCGCUACCAAAGACUUAUGUGAGAAAUCCAUAUCUACCCAUGGAUUUCCGGGUAUUCCAGGAUCCAACGGAAUGCCGGGAAUGCCUGGCAUUCCUGGUCCGCAAGGACCGCAGGGAAGAGAUGGAGUUAAAGGGCAGACUGGUGGCAAGGGAUCACAAUGGAAUGCUGGGAUAGAAGGGAGCGAAAGGAAAUUAAGGGCCUCGUGGAAAUAGCGGACCGCCAGGAAUUAUGGGAAUAAAAGGAGCGCGUGGAACUGUGGGCGAUCAAGGAAUAAAAGGCGAUAAGGGAGAGAAAGGAGAAAGCGUGACAAGUCCUUCUAGUGCAGUGCCACAAACCAACUGGAAACAAUGUGUGUGGAAAAAUCUGAAUGAUGAUCGAGAUAGCGGUAAGAUCAAGGACUGCUCGUUUAAUAAGUUGCAGUCUGAUACUGCGAUCAAAGUCUCAUUCCAGGGAAAUAUGAGAGUCCAGCGCACUCCUAGGUGUAACCGGUGGUUCUUCAAGUUUAAUGGUAAUGAAUGCAGUGGACCGAUGACAAUCGAAGCUGCUGUGUACAAUUACUGGCCAUCUGGGAAUCCCAAUCUGCUUCAUCAUCGAUCAUUUGAGGGAUACUGUGAAAACAUCCCGCAGGGCACAGUUAGAGUGGAAUUAUGGGUAGGACAGUGUCCAGGCAAUACUUUGGGUGUCGCUUACACUGGAUGGACAUCAGUGUCCCGGAUAAUGAUUGAGGAAGUGUCCAGGCCCCAGUCCUGAUUAAUCGGUUUUUGU